GACCCAGAUACGCGCAUCAGGGAGAAGUGCCAUCUCUCUGUAUUACUGUAAACUCUCUGAUUGAACAUAGGAAGAAAAAAAAAGAAUAACAUCAACACCGCAACAAAUUGGCUAAACCAGGUCAUGAUGGCCGCGAUCUGUUGUCUGUAGCCUACCCUACACGGUUCAUUGACUUCCCCGGCGCCAGCACAGCACACCGACACCAGUCAACGCACACAAAUUAGGUUAUAACUUAUAAUUAGAUUACUCGCGCAGUCUAGAAUCUAGUUCACGACGAGUUCAUAUUAGUUCAUAAUGAGAUUUUGAUUUCGAGACUCUGUAGGCCUACACAUUGUUAGACAGGAGCUGUGUGGUGUGCAUGCCGGGUUUGUUUGUGGUUGUGUAAGCUUGGUGAUUUUAGCUUUGAUCGGGAGCGGAGGCUGAAGAUCAGCUGAAAGUAAACUCAAAGCCAGCAGACAAUAGGCUAGAUCUACAAACUUCAGCACACUAGCCUACAGUCUCAACGUACGUGGGCCAACGCACAGCGACUUGUCUAGAAAUUCAAGUGACCGCAGGCAUCUGAACAGUGGUCACUGGUAGCGUGGUGACUGUACCAAGUGAUCAUGACAGCUGGAAGUUCUGAUGAAGAUGAGGAGACUUUGUUUGAUGUCUCUCCGCCUGGGAAUGAAGACAAGCAAGCUUUGCUCAAGGAGAAGAAGGAGCGGAGUGGGAAGAAGAAUGUAGGUGUGCAGAAGUCAAAGUACCCGAGAACCAUUCCCUUCAUCCUGGUGACAGAGUUCUGUGAACGCUUUAAUUUUUAUGGCAUGAAAGCUAUCCUGGUUAUCUACCUGACGGACUGGAUGGAGCUGCCUUACCACAGGGCUGUGGCCAUCUUCCACAGCUUUGUCAUGCUGGCUUACUUCAGCCCUAUAGGUGGAGCUAUCAUCGCCGACAGCUACCUUGGUCGCUACAAAACCAUUUUGUACAUCUCCUUGGUGUAUGCCCUGGGCUCAGUGGUUUUGUCUCUGACAGCUUUCCCCCCACCACACAUGUAUGGUGCGGCUAUUGGCUUGCUGCUCAUCGGUUUGGGCACUGGGGGAAUCAAACCCUGUGUGUGCACUUUUGGAGGGGACCAGUUUGAUGCCAGCCAGAGCAAGGAACAGCAGACGUUUUUCUCUGCUUUCUACUUCAUGAUCAACCUAGGCAGUAUGCUGUCCACCUUCUUCACACCCAUGCUUCGAGCUGAUGUCCACUGCGUUGAAAACAGUUGCUAUCCCUUGGCUUUUGGAGUUCCUGCCUUACUCAUGCUGGCAUCAGUGGUCAUUUUUUUCCUGGGCCGGAAACAUUACAAGCACAUUCCUCCAACUGAGAACGUUUACGGGCGAGUCUUUCACUGUGUUAAGUAUGGUCUACACAUGCGCCUGAAGCAUGGGAAAUCAGGGAGCAAGGAUGGCCAGUGGUUGGACCAUGCCGCAGACAGAUAUGAGGAGAGUUUUGUGACUGAUGUGAAGGCUCUCCUGCAUGUCCUCUGGCUGUUUCUGCCUUUUCCCUUGUUCUGGGCCUUGUUUGACCAGCAGGGCUCACGAUGGACACUACAAGCAGUGGACAUGAAUGGGCAAAUAGGCUUCCUGGGUCGUGUGAAGCCAGACCAGGUGCAUGUUCUGAACCCAUUUCUCAUUCUGGUCUUUAUCCCAUUAUUCGAUAGAGUUAUCUACCCUCUGCUGGAUCGUGUAGGCAUUCCGAACAGACCUCUUCAGCGGAUGUCUAUGGGCAUGAUCAUGGGCUGUACGGCCUUCGUCAUUGCUGGAUUUUUGCAGAUCAAAAUGGAAGCGUUACAUGAACCCACUUUGAAUGGCCAGAGCGGAGUGACUCUCCUGAACACAGCUGACUGUGCUGUCAAUGUGAAGGCACCAUUUUUCUCAGGCUCUGUAGCGUCCGGUGCGCGAUCAGAGUACCUGACAAUACAGCCUGGCCUAUACUCUGUGGCCUUCAGUUGUGAUGGUCAUAAUUCUGCGAAAAGGACAUCACGGAAGUCAACUUCAGAACAGAAAGAGCCAAGCCAUCCUUCAUUAUCAUCAAACAUAACAGUUGAAUUAAAAGGAGAUAAAUCAUAUCGGCUUGUUUUACACAGGAGAAAUUCGGAGUUAGUUUUGGUCAAGUUGAAUGAUCUGAGGGAAAAAGACAGGAGCAGCCAGGCCAUGGUGAGCAUCAUCAACUAUGUCUCAGACAGUGGCCACAACAGCACAAUCAUCCUGCAACCAUCUCCUGUGGGUCAGAGUUCAGCCACGCCCACUGAAGACGGCAUUAUCCUGAAAAUAUCUGUAUCUGUAUCUUCCUUCAGGUCUAUGGAGCCAGGCAGAUAUGAUGUGUUUGUGGACACCGUGCCAACCAAGAACCUGUCGUCUUUUACCCCCGCCCACCCAGCUGUGUAUCUGGGAACUGGCUCAGUCCAUACCCUGGUGCUGGAGCGGUCAAAUACAUCUCAGGUGAAAGUGUUACAGUUUGCCAGCAUUGAAGAAAGCCAAGUUUCUGUAUUGUGGCUGGUGCCUCAGUAUGUGUUCAUCACCAUUGCAGAGAUUCUCUUUUCUGUCACAGGCUUCGCUUUUGCAUACACUCAGGCCCCAGCGUCUAUGAAGUCCAUUGUCCAGGCGGCCUGGCUUCUGACCACUGCCUUGGGUGACCUUAUAGUGGUCAUCAUAGCAGAAGCACAGUUUACUUCUUCACAGUCUGCCGAGUCUUUCCUGUUUGCUGCUCUGAUGGGCGUUGACACGCUGCUGUUUGUUGUCAUGGCCUGCCGCUACAAGAGUUACGUGCCACCAAAACAGACCCCAGACCCAGUGAAAAACAUGACCACGUCAAAUGGUGCAGAUCAUGACCAGGAGACCCAGCCUUUAUCAGAGUUGAACUCUAGUAAAUGGGAUUGAUUCUCUUCUAGUCAGUGUGUAGAUACAGAACUAUAUUUAUUUCUUUCAGAGAUUGAUCAUGGAUUGCAGAUCACACCGCAAGAAGUAUGCUUAUCAUGUGUUAUAUCUACUUAUUAUAUGUAGCUAUCUUCACUGGGCAAGUGCUGGUUUCUCUUGGUCCCAGGCUGAUACCUCUACAACACUUGGUUAAACAAGUUUUUCUUUCUUAUGAAAAGAUUUCCAUUCUCAGGAGGUUUUCUGCAUCCAUGAAGUCGGUAGUAUUUGCGGAGUAAAAAUUGAGUUUUUAGUCAUCUUUUUGUUCAAUUGUGCAAUGUUCUGCUAUUGAAUAAAGACUUUAGGUGAUAUUUGACCAUCUUGAUUUCCACUAAGGGGCCUUUUUUUCCCCCUUAGUCCACCUUAUAAGUUUUCUUUGUUACAAAGUAGAUAAAGUAUCAUGAGAUCUGUGAUCCGAAACUGAAAACAGUGUGUAAAAUGUUGGAUAAUCUGAUUUAUUUAUGUGCCAUAAAUGUGUUGGUGGCAUAAUGACAACAUCAGACUAAAGGUCACUCAAACUGUUUGUCAGUUAUGAAUGUGAUGUUUGAAUUGACUUAAAUGUUUUUUCGUCAUUCCAAGGGAUACACAGUAUCAUCAUAAACAUUCUCUUUUAUCAGUACUGUUUGUUCAGCACAUACUUUUUGGUGGUGCCUUGUUCAAGAUAUUUUCACAAAUUUUAUUGUCUUAAAUGUUAGUCAUGUGGGAUCUAAAAUGAGUUUCAUGUCUUUCCUUAGUACAGUCAUUUAAUUUUAGAUACAAUUACUGCCUCAGUCCGGUGUGCAUUCAAAAGAUAGCACUGCUAAUACAGUCUUUUCAUUGAGAGUGAUUACGAUCUCAUAGGAAUUUGGGAUCAUUUUGUCAGUUGCAGAGUUAUUUUUCUUUCUUUCAGUUCCUUUUGCUAGCUCAGAAUAUCAGGAGCUUCAUGCAAUCUAGUACUUACUUUAUUUUUCUGGCCUUGAGGUAAAUCAUGCAGAAAGCACUGAUUUCCAGUCAAGACAAUGGGGGAAAAAUGAAACUGUAUAGGUUUAACGCCUCUUUCUACACUGUAAGUUUAUUUGAGAGGCGGGGCCUUUAAAUUUGACAUCCAUCUCCUGAUAGGACUUAGCUAAAUGGGUGAAGAGAUUUAAGAACUCCCCAAAACACCCCAAGUUCAGAACGUACCUUUACCUUGGGGAUUCGAACCUAGGGCCAUUUGCUCUGUUGUGCAGUGUGGUACCAACCGAGUUAAUGACAUGUCCAAGAAAACAGAAGUUAGUAAAAGAAAUUUUAAUGAAAUUCUGUGGAAGACAUAGAGUAAUGGUAAUAAUUUGGGAUUCAAAUAGAAGUUUUUUAAUAACCUCGACAGCUGUGAUAAAAUCUACCCUAUGUUUGAAAUUGAAAAAUAAGUACAAGAUAGUGUUCAGGUCAUGAUAUACUGCCCACAGCAAACGAGCACAUGAAGUUUGUAGAUUUUUCUUCUUUUAAUUUUUCAGUCUCCUCCUGAAUUCUUUCUACUAUAGUGCUCUGACUUUAAAUCAAAGAAUCCCCGAUUUUUAGAAAAAUUGCUGGUCUUCUCAUAAUAAUAUGUCCCUUGCAUGAUUCAUCUUUGGCUUUGCCCAGUAUUUUGUUUGUCCGAAUGGACAGAACUUCUAUCAAAAGAUGUUUGCAGUACCGUUAGAGUUAGAGACCAUAAUUUAUAGUGUGUGAAGCGUUGUGAGGUGCUACUUGAAUAUUAGUGAAGCGUGCUGACAAAAUGAGUGACUGCUCGGAUUCAAACCUUAAGUAAAUAUAAUAUAGAGAUAGGUGAA